AGAGGGAGACGCCACACCCUCCCUGGGCAGCUCUUCCAGCGCUCUGCCACCCUCAGUGUGAAGAAGUUCUCCCUCAUGCUGAGGUGAAACUUGUGCUUCGGUUUAUGACCAUCGCUCCUCGUCCUGUCGCUGGACGCCACUGACGAGUGCGGCACACGCGGAGCUGGCACAGUGCCCGGCCCCGGUCCGGAGGUGGACGGCGGACAGUAAUUGCUGGAAAUGAUUGUCAUGUAAGGAGCUGGCUAUGGCAAACAGGAAACAUCAAAGCACUACAGCCAGCAUGCUGGAUCACAGAGCCAGAGCUUGCCCGACUUCAUCUCACAACAGGGAGCCUGAAAAUGAAGAAAGUGACCUUCCCAUUGAAGAUUAUGCGGCAAAGGAGGCAGAACUAGCAACUGUCAGAGCAGGUAGCCCUACACCUGUGGAACACGAGUGCAAUGACCAUAGUGCAGAUGGGGACUCCAGCUCUGACUAUGUAAACAACACUUCAGAGGAGGAGGACUACGAUGAAGGCUUGCCAGAAGAGGAGGAGGGGAUCACAUACUACAUCAGAUACUGUCCAGAGGAUGACAGUUACCUGGAAGGAAUGGACUGCAAUGGGGAGGAGUAUGCUCCCCAUGAGGAACACCAUGUUGAAACAGAUGAAUGUCAGGAAGCUGUAGAAGAAUGGGCUGAAGGCAAAAUUCAGCACCAAGAUGAAAAUGAGGUGAUGGACAGGCAAGAAUGGCAGGAAGGUCAAGAUAAUGGCAUUCAGAUUUUGGAGGAUGAAGCAUCAUCUUUGGAGAUCCAAGACCAAGAAGAAAACAUACAGUACUGUCAAAGUGAAGGUGACUAUCCGGACUAUUACCCAGCAGAGGCUAAUGGAAAUUCACAGGGAAUAUCACCAUACCAUUCUAGAAAAGAGGAUGCAGAGCUGGAAGAACAGGAAGAGGACAUUGACCAGAUUGUAGCAGAAAUCAAAAUGAGUAUGAGCAUGAGCAGUAUUAACAGUACAACAGAAAUGAGUCCAGAGCACACUGGGACUGAAAACAUGGCACAUGACUACAAAGAGACUUGUUCAAAGGGAGAAGCUGUUCACAGUGCUAACAGGCACGAGGGGAGGCCAAAAUCACUGAAUAUCCCAUCUGCCUCUAAGCACAGUGGAGAUGUGCAUCGAGGCUUUAAAGCAAAGUCAAGAUCCCCAGAGGACAGACAGAAGUGGCCACAGGAGCAGAUGUGCAAUGGUUUAGAGCAGCCCAGGAAGCAGCAGCGUUCAGACCUCAAUGGCCCAGUUGACAAUAACAAUCCCCCUGAGACAAAGAAAGUGUCUUCCUUUCCAAGUUUUGUUGAUGUUCCAGGACCUUGUGAACCUGAGGACCUCAUUGAUGGAAUCAUCUUUGCAGCCAAUUACCUGGGCUCCACCCAGCUGCUGUCAGAGCGCAACCCUUCCAAAAACAUCCGCAUGAUGCAGGCCCAGGAGGCAGUGAGCCGUGUCAAGAGGAUGCAAAAGGCGGCUAAAAUCAAGAAAAAAGCGACCUCAGAGGGAGAUUCCCAGGCCUUGACUGAAGUGGAUCUGUUCAUCUCCACACAGAGAAUCAAAGUUCUAAAUGCAGACACGCAGGAAACAAUGAUGGACCACGCGCUGCGCACCAUCUCCUACAUCGCCGACAUCGGGAACAUCGUGGUGCUGAUGGCGCGGCGCCGCAUGCCCAGAUCCGCCUCCCAGGACUGCAUCGAAACCACUCCUGGCGCCCAGGAAGGCAAGAAGCAGUACAAAAUGAUCUGCCACGUCUUUGAAUCAGAGGAUGCACAGCUCAUAGCUCAGUCAAUUGGUCAGGCUUUCAGCGUGGCUUACCAAGAGUUUUUAAGAGCCAAUGGAAUUAACCCAGAGGAUCUCAGUCAGAAAGAAUACAGUGACAUCAUCAAUACCCAAGAGAUGUACAAUGAUGAUCUCAUACACUUCUCCAAUUCAGAAAACUGCAAAGAGCUCCAGCUAGAAAAACAGAAGGGAGAAAUUCUUGGGGUAGUGAUUGUGGAAUCUGGAUGGGGAUCCAUUCUACCCACCGUUAUCCUGGCCAACAUGAUGAACGGAGGCCCUGCAGCACGUUCAGGAAAACUGAGCAUUGGAGACCAAAUUAUGUCCAUUAAUGGUACCAGUUUAGUUGGUCUACCUCUAGCAACAUGCCAAGGGAUCAUAAAGGGACUCAAGAAUCAGACACAAGUCAAACUGAACAUUGUCAGCUGUCCUCCUGUUACUACUGUCCUCAUAAAACGGCCAGACUUAAAAUACCAGCUGGGCUUCAGUGUACAGAAUGGAAUUAUUUGCAGCUUGAUGCGGGGCGGAAUAGCAGAGAGGGGAGGGGUAAGAGUGGGACACCGGAUUAUCGAGAUCAACGGGCAGAGCGUCGUGGCCACUGCUCAUGAGAAGAUAGUACAAGCAUUGUCCAACUCAGUGGGAGAGAUUCACAUGAAGACUAUGCCAGCUGCCAUGUUCAGGCUCCUAACAGGUCAAGAGACCCCCCUGUACAUCUAACAUCUUCCAUCCAAGCUGAAGCUGUCUUAGCUGAAGAGAAUUUUGUAUUUUGUACGAACGAAAGGCUUGGAAGCUGACCUGAGGACUCCAGAACAAGGAACAGACAGGUGUCUCUGCCUUUUCUCUCCUUCCUUUCUAUUUCUUUGACAAAAAGUGUUGAGAAGGAUGGUCAAGGACAAUGAUCUCUGACAAAAAUAUUUGUAAACAUUUAAGUAUUUUGAACAUCUUCUAAACUCUUUUCUCAUAGAACUUAAAACAUAUUUAUUCGUAACCUUUAUGUGGAGUGAUGUAUGUCUGUCUUGUUUGAUAACACAGUGAAUGUGAAUAUUUGAUGAAUGAGACUGCAGGAGAUGGCAAAGAGAAGCAAUUAGAGAAAGUUCUGGCUGCCUCAAGUUAAAAAAAAUCCCAGUCCCAUAAAGUGGUCCAAUACUGAUGACUUUGCAUAAUUUUCAAACUGGUGCUGAAUUGAUGGUAUUUCAGUGGAAAGGAAUGUGUGCAGUUCAAACUUUUAGCCUCUACUGUAAAGAAAACCACUGUAGUACUUGGUAUUGUUAUGACAAGUGUAACCUGUUUGGCAAGGUGUGAACAUCAACAUGUAACAAGUGUUCCAUAUGCUAAAUAAAGAAUAAUUGCCACAAGAUUAAAAUCAAAAUAUUUAUUUAGAUACAUAUUUAUUUUUAAUGCUUGUGAUUUUUAUGAUUUAACAGAGUUGUUUAAUGGAUAACUUAUUGCACAGGUUGUGUAAUGUACGUGUUGGGCUGGGGUUUUUUUUCCUUUAAUUUUUGCAUAUUACCUUUUUGUUCAUAAUAGCUCAAAAUGGGAAAGCCAUGCUUACCUGUUUCUGUCUUUUAUAAAGCAUUCUUAUUCCUAAGGCAAUGUGUUCUGAAUGUAAAUUGUUUUGACAAAUAACCUAGCACCAUCAGCAGUAUUAGAAUGUGUGUAGAUAAAAAACCUAGUAGUAAAGUUGUAUUCUUUAUGAGAUAAAUGUUAAUUGGUGUAACUUUGUCUAUUUUUUUUCUUUUGGCCAAGGCCUUGAAGAAAAUACACUGUGACUUAAGAAGCCUUACCAUGCAGUAACUAAAGAGCUUUAGAUGACUGUACUUCAAGGAGUAGUGUGUUGCAUGCAACUGACCUUAGGAAAGAAUUAACCUAUCACUAAUAAAUCUGAAAUAAGAAAGGAAGCUUGCUUAGUUUGUUUGUUGUGUAACUUUACAUAGUAAAAAAUUCCAAGUAGUAGAUCAUUUAAUUCUUCAUCUAAGUGCAGUUGCAAAGGUCACAGAUUUUUUUUAAAAGGAAAUAUUCUCUUGAAUUAGGAAUUUGUGUAUCAUUAUGAUCUUCAGAGUAGAAGCUUUCAAUUAGCACACCUUGCUGCCACUGGAUGUCACUGUAACUUCACAUCAAUACAGAAGCAUGCUAUAAUUAAAAUUCAUUAAAAUGGAUGAAUCUGGAAAACUUAAACUACCCAUCUUCAGCUACAUUCCUUUGUGACCUUUUCACAGGAUGUCUGCCCAGCUCAGAGUGACACAAAUGAAACCAGUGUAUGAUUAAACCUCAAAUGGAAACUAAGGCUACUGACAAGCACUGCUGCAAAAAAAUUAAAAUCCCGAAACAUCAACCUGUGGUAGGUUCUUUAUGAGAACCUUCUGUUUAAAGCCUUUCCAAUUUCCUCUGAGAGCCAGGAUGAAGCUUGCACUGGAAGAUGUUGCUGGCAGACCUGUGUUUAUGCUGGUAAUGAAAUCAGUGUCAAUAUUUACUUUUUGAUAUUUUUUUAAAGAUCAAUGUUAAAUAAAUCAUAAACACAGCAGAACCACAAUAAUAUGUUUUAGUAAUAAAAUUGUCAAAACUAUGAA